CAAUCAUUGGUACCUCCUUAUAAAUAUCAACUGAGACACUUUUAUUCAAUUAUUUUGUUGUGUCUCUCACUUCCUCACUGUCUCUUCUUGGACUCUUCCUUUGUUUUACUGCAACAAACCCUCUCUCUCUUUCUUUCUCUCUUUCACUCCUCUGUGUUUGGAUCAGAAAGAUAGAUAAUUUCUGCAUCUGGGUUUCAAUGCUGCCACUUGCUUCAAAUCUCUGGCAAUAGGGUGUAGAUCUUUUUUGUCACUGUAGUUGGAUUUAGUCUUUGACACUUUGUAGUACUUCUAGAAAUUCCAUUGGUUAUCUCAUUAUUCUCUGAUUGAUUCCCUGCUUUCUUUUUCAUUAGUACUUUUUUUGUGUGACAGAAUCAUGGGGUUUUGUUAUCAUGUUUUGUUUUUGUUGUCCAUUUGUGUGGGAGUUUCUCUAGCCACACCAAUAGAAGAUCAAAGGAGAGAUAGGAUUACCUAUCUUCCAGGGCAGCCAAAGAAUGUUGAAUUUGCUCAGUACUCUGGCUAUGUUACUGUCAAUGAGCAGAAUGGGAGGGCAUUGUUUUACUGGUUGGUUGAGGCGCCGGCGAACCGUGGACCUAAGUCAAGGCCACUUGUGUUGUGGCUUAAUGGUGGCCCUGGAUGCUCCUCCAUUGCUUAUGGUGCAUCGGAAGAAAUUGGCCCUUUUCAUAUUAAGCCUGAUGGGAAGACACUUUACUCGAAUCCUUAUGCUUGGAACAAUUUGGCAAAUAUACUAUUUCUUGACUCUCCUGCUGGGGUUGGUUUUUCAUAUGCAAAUAAAACAACAGAUCUGUAUACAUUUGGUGACAAGAAAACAGCUGAAGAUGCAUAUAUUUUUCUUGUCAAUUGGUUUGAAAGAUUUCCUCAAUAUAAGCAUAGAGAAUUCUACAUUGCUGGAGAAAGUUAUGCAGGUCACUAUGUUCCUCAGUUGGCUCAACUUGUUUAUCGGAGAAAUAAGGGAAUAAAUAAUCCGGAUAUAAAUUUUAAGGGAUUUAUGGUUGGAAAUGCUGUUACUGAUGAUUAUCAUGAUUAUGUUGGCACAUUUGAGUACUGGUGGACUCAUGGUUUAAUUUCAGAUUCCACAUAUAGGAUGCUGAGAAUUGCUUGUGACUUUGGCUCCUCACAACAUCCAUCAGUGCAAUGCAUGCAGGCUCUCAGAGUAGCAGUUGUGGAGCAGGGAAAUAUUGAUCCAUACAGCAUUUAUACACCGCCUUGUAACGAUACCGCAUCACUCAGAAGCGGCUUGAGGGGUCGCUAUCCAUGGAUGUCUCGAGCUUAUGAUCCCUGUACUGAAAGGCAUUCUUCUGUGUAUUUCAAUCUUCCAGAAGUUCAGAAGGCACUUCAUGCCAAUGUUACUGGGGUUUCUUAUGAAUGGAAGACUUGCAGUGAUAUUGUUGGAAACUAUUGGACUGAUUCUCCACUAUCCAUGCUUCCUAUAUACCGGGAACUUAUUAAUGCUAGCCUCCGUAUAUGGGUUUACAGUGGAGAUACUGAUGCUGUGGUUCCUUUGACUGCCACUCGAUAUUCCAUUGAUGCCUUGAAACUACCAACCAUCAUCAACUGGUACCCUUGGAAUGAUAAUGGCAAGGUUGGUGGGUGGAGUCAAGUUUAUAAAGGGCUCACACUGGUUACAGUAAGAGGAGCUGGACAUGAGGUUCCACUCCACAGGCCUCGCCAGGCAUUUAUUCUUUUUAGGUCCUUCUUGGAGAACAAGGCCAUGCCAUCUUCAAGUUAGAACCAUUUAUUCUUUUUCACUUGAUGAAUGAUCAUCACACAAGUACAAAACCAAAAGGUUCACCAUUCUUGCAGUACCCUAGGCUUAGGAAUAGUUACUGCCAUUUAUAUACAUAGAACAGGCUGAGACAGAAUAAGGAACUCAUUUCUCAUGAGUUCCAUCUUGGCUCUCUGCCUGGUCAAUUGAUAAAUGUAUCAAUGUUAAUUUCCUCUAUUUUUAUUUGUUAUUGAAAAUGUGAUUAUUUAUAUGAAGUGUUAUUCUUUAUGUUGUUUUCAUUGUGCAAGACUAAUGCCAUAUCUUGUAUAAAAACUGUUCUCAUCAAUGAAGAGUCUCUACUUUCAACUCUGCA